AUGGCAAAGGUUCACAAAUAAAAAGGAUAUAGAUUGGAGAAUACAAUUUCUAAGAAAGGUUUUCUUGAAUUAAGAAAAAUGCUUGGAAUGCCUUAAUUUGAAUUCGUGCAUGAAAAUAGUAAUUUAAUGAAAAUCUAAGCAUUACAAUUAAAUAUUGAUGAUGAUGAAAAAUGGAUUAAAAAAUAUGUAAUAUUUAGACUUAUUUAUUUAGAAACCAAUACCCGAAGCCAGAUUAUAAAAAUAUCUAUUACAUUGUUAGUACAUCGAUAAAUCUAUUAUUACUUCUUUAAAUAAGGUUGAUUGUUUUCUAAAUCAAUAAGGAAAUAUUAAACAUAUGGUAUAAAACAAAGAAGAAGAAAAAUAAAAAAAAUAGAAUAGUUUAAGUACUGAAGUUUAGUAUUCUAAUAAAAUUGCUUGA